GAACUGUGCAGCCGUUGAUGGUUUUUAUGACCGAGAUGUUAAAGGACCUGAUUUAUUAUUUUUAACUAUGUCACUGCCGUUCCAAGGAAACUAUACAUGUAUUGUGACAUAUGAGGAUACUGGGAGGAUUUAUAACCUUACUCGAACCAUUUGCAUUAAAGCAGUAGCUUCCUCACUAGAUGCCAAACCGCCUGUAAUGCGUUCUCCCAAUGAUAUAGUGAGCUAUCAAUUUGCAGUAGGAGAAGAUAUGCAACUUACCUGUGAAGUGUAUUUCUCUUACGUUCAAAACUCCAGUAAUGAAAUUUGGUGGACAAUAAAUGGCAAGAGAAAAGAAGACAUUACUGACCCAAGAGUAAAUGUUACUGAAAGAUCUGAACUGGAUGAGAUGAAUCCUGGAGCUAAAACCAUAACUAAGAAAUUAUACAUUAAAAAUAUCAGUCCAGAUGAGCUCAAACACAACUAUACAUGCUCAGCCAAAAACCAUUUGGGGUCUAUCUCCAGGCAAGCACUGAUCAAAGAGAAAGUUGGCACUCCACGAUACAUCACUGAAUUGGCAUGUGGGCUGGGAGCAACACUGUUUCUUGUUAUAUGCUUCAUUGUUGUAUAUCAUGUGUACUGGCUGGAAUUGGUGCUCUUCUACAGGGCUCAUUUUGGCACAGAUGAAACCAUUGGAGAUGGAAAGGAAUAUGAUGUGUAUGUAUCCUAUGCAAGGAAUGCAGAGGAAGAAGAGUUUGUUCUUGUGACUCUGAGAGGGAUUCUGGAAAAUGAAUUUGGAUACAAGCUGUGUAUCUUUGACAGAGACAGCUUACCUGGUGGAAUCAUUACAGAUGAGACACUGAGCUUCAUUAAGAAAAGCCGACGUCUUCUUGUUGUCAUUAGCCCAAGUUAUGUCCAUCAAGGUACCCAGGCCCUCUUGGAACUGAAAGCUGGCUUGGAAAACAUGGCUUCCCAGGGCAAUAUUCGACUUGUGUUAGUUCAGUAUAAAGCAAUUAAGAACAAAAAGAAGGUGAAGGAGUUUAAAACUAGCUCAAUCUGUACUCAGUGUUAUUAAAUGGAAAGGGGAAAAAUCUAAACACCCAGGGAGUAGGUUUUGGAAAGAGCUCCAUGUUGCCCUUCCUGUUAAGAAAACUUAUUUUACAAAGAACACAGGUAGCUUUCAAAUGCUCACUCAGAAUUCAUCCUUCACUACAGAGGGACUCUGA